GGUAAUACCACCCAUACAAGAUGCUUGCAGCUGACCGACCUCGAUUCUUCAAACGUUAGUAGUGAGGUUGAAUGGCUUAUGCGUAUGCAAAACUCCUCUGCAUCUUCCAUUAUAACUGCGUUGAUAGUGAUGGUUGCUGCGGUGGUGACAGGUAUACUUGGGAUUGCCUGCAGACAGGUUUCCUGUGUCACAGUCACGGGGAUUAUGUAUGCUAUUGCCGCUGUUUUCAUUUGCCUGGCAUUAGCAGUUUAUCAUGCAAAACUGAAUAACGAAAACCCGCCAUCGUGCAGCGACGUGACGCAGACGAUUUCAGCAGACAUUUGCAGUGCGCGUCACGUGACGCAUAGCUGGUCCAUUAUUCUGGCAUGGAUAAGUUUUACGUUUAACAUAUUGGCUUCGGGUUGGUGGCUAUACCUAUCACGAGUUAUAAGGAUGGAGCUUAUGAAGACAGUUAACAUGUGAAAUAAAUCACUACGUACAUAUUUCAAUGCUAUUGGAUUGUUUAACGGUUCACAAGAACGGCAA